UGGAUAUGGAAUAUACUGGCAUAUGAAUAUAUAUUCAGCCAAUAGGCAAAUACUGCUAAUUUGGACAUGUUUCAGAAUGCAGGACAAAACCAUUGCAUAUGUGGGUGACUCUUUAGGCAGGCAGAUGUUUCAAUCAAUGAUGUGUAUAGUCACUGGUGGAAAGCAGAGGCCAGAUGUGGAAGAUGUCGGAGCGGAAUAUGGCUUUGUGUUAGCACCAGGUGCAAAAAAACCAGAUGGCUGGGCCUAUCGGUUCUUGAGCACUAACACAACAAUUUUGUACCAUCUAUCGUCAACACUUUGUAAUUUGGAACCUCUGAAUCCCUCAGAUCCUGAAACCAGUUACGCCAUGCACCUUGACCGUCCAGCUGCUUUUCUGAAGAACAACCUUUACAGGUUGCAUGUCCUGAUCCUUAACACUGGUGACCACUGGAAUGAAUGGAACCUAAGGGUAAACAAGUGGGAGAUGUAUCUUGGUGGAGCACCAAACAACAACAGGGACAUUGCUGUCAUCCAGAAUGCAAAAAAUUUCACCAUCCACAGUGUCAUCAAGUGGUUCGAUGCUCAGCUCCCGCACCAUCCCCAGCUGAAGGUGUUCUUCAGAUCGGUAUCGCCUCGACACUUCUUUAACGGUGAUUGGAACACUGGGGGGCGAUGCGAUAACACAAGUCCUUUGGCCAAAGGAAGUGCCGUCCACUCGAACCGUUCCGAAGAUGAUGAUGCUGAGAGCGCGGUGAGGGGAACCAGGAUCAGGCUGCUGGAUGUCACUGCCCUAUCGCGCCUGAGGGAGGAGGGGCAUAUAUCACGGUACCGUAUCAAGGGCGCAACGAGCAUUCAGGAUUGCUUGCACUGGUGUCUUCCUGGCGUGCCGGAUACGUGGAAUGAGAUCCUUGCAGCCCAGCUAUAGCCCGGAGCUGAUUCGGCGAUUCAGGCUUGCAUAUUCAGAUAACCACCCACACAGACAGUAUGGUUUCGUUAACUGAAAUAAAAAGGAAGGUAAGCUGCGUCGUGCAAAUGUCAUGUCUUCAUGUUUGCCUGAUUGGUGCAUACUGACAGAAAGAUUUCUGCACUUGUAAAGGCAAGGACAGAGCAUAAUCCGCGCUCACACUCUGGCAGAUAGAACCCGCUGUCUCCGUCUGAAUCCUGAUCCCAUGCGCACGGGGACACGCUGGCUGCAGCCUGCAGGCAGCAGCAACGCAGCAACUACCGCACGUGCUCAUAACCUGGCAGGAGGCAGCAGCUGGUUGAAGCGAAGAUCCAUGGCAGCUGCACCGAUCUUCCCGCACGCACGGCGCUGCCUGCCGGAAUUAUUUUUUGGAGGAAGCUUCUGCUGGAUUUGGAUUGGAGUACG